AUGGAAGAAAAGCUCACUGCCGUCUAUCGAAAUGUUCUUGGAAGUCUGCAGAACAGUAUUACUCGUAAGGAGGACCUAAAAGCUGGUGAGAUUUCCUACGAAGAGCUUCGCUGCAUAACUUACAUAAUUCCUGACGUGUGCUAUGACGACUUUCUACAUGCUUUGGAACAAAUUAAGGAUUCAAUCGAUGACUCUAAAAUAAGUAUUUCUACAUUUGUUUCGAGAAUUUCAAAACUGGCCUCGAUUUUGGCUACUUGUUAUGCAAAAGCAAAAACUUCUUGCCUACAGCCGUCUUCUACUGCGCCCGUAGGCAUCGUUCACCAGAACACUGAACCGGAAAAACGUGCGCCACAAGCGAACCCUGGAUUGAUCGUUAAUCCUUUCAUUUUCGACUGCACCCUGGAUCUGCGAGAAGCGAUACCCCGCCAACAGUGGAGAGCGGUUUACUCGUCUACCGGUACAAUGUUUCUCAGCCCAUGCGAAGAAGGCCAAAGACCGGCCUGCCAGUUCCAGAGCUUCGUAAUAUCAGUCGUGGAAACCAAGGAAUUCGAAAUUUGCCUCACUUCCAGUACGUUUUUAUUAAUUUCUGGUUUUAGCGAAUGCAAACUGAGGCUUUACUGA